AUGACGGUUUCUCAUGUGUCGUGUAGAAUAUGUGGACAAAAAGCUCAUGGAAAUCACUUUGGUGUCUCCAGCUGUCGCGCCUGCGCGGUUUUUUUCAGAAGAACUGCGACUUCUGAUUGGGUUCACAAGAAUUGUCGAAGGGGAGGAUUGAAUCGAUAUUCAUGUCUAUGUAAACCAUGCCGCUUGAGAAAAUGUAUUAAAAUGGGAAUGAAAACUGAAAAUUUCCAAUACAAUCGUGAUGCAAUCAUGCUUGCUGAAAGUACAUCGAACAUCACUCCGAGCAUUUCUUAUUUUGUUGGUCGUCCGGAAUUCCUUUUGUUCUGUGAUUCUGGCAUGUCGACACACUUCACCCCAAAAAAUGUACUUGAUGUACAGUAUUUGAUAUCCGAAGCAUCACGUCUUCUGAAUCAAGGCUGUGAAUCACCAAUAUUUGCUGAAAAUCAGUUGAAGAAAUUGACGAUUGGCUUCAACUUUGUGAGACUUGAUACCGAAAAUGUUAAGACUUUUGAGAAAGUUGGACAGACUGAAUUUAUGGAAAUUAUUGAAUAUUAUUUCUUAACUACUACAAAGUGGAUUUUGCACUUUGAAGAGUUUCAAAAGCUUGAUCGAAAUAUUCAGAUGACACUCGUUCAAUCAAUAUGGUAUGUCUGGAUUAAAAUUCAUAAAUGCGUGUCAACUAUCGCGUAUCGCAAAGCGCACCCUAAUGUUUGCUCAACGUAUAAAAUAUUGAGGAAUCAUGUAUUGGAUAGAAAAAAAGGGGGAUUGGACACCAGCUGGAUCAGUGACUUUCCAGAGGAAUAUGUCUCAAAAUACCUGCUUUCACAACAUAUGUACGACUUUGAUAUUAUGAAAAUUAUCGAGCAGUUGGAUCCUUCGGAUGUAGAACUAACGUAUAUAUUUGCUCAAAUAUGUUUCGAAUAUGCUGGAAAACGAUUCCCUGGAGAAAUACAGAAUAUAACAGACCACUUUCAACAAGUUUUAUCAAACGAUCUUCAUGAAUUUUAUGUAACCGAUCAAAGACGUAAUCGAUACUCUCACAGGUUGAACGAACUGAUGAAAGUAAAUAGUUUGAUUCAGAAAUCAAUAUGGGAAACUCGACCGCAUCGAGAGCUCGGACGUGUAUUCGGUAUUUUGAAAGUAAGAUUUUCCCACCCUGAAAUGUUUGAAGAUUCUGGAUUUGUUUGA